AUGUCGUCUCCGGUGACCGGCGUCGUCGUCCUCAUUCGACACGGUGACAGGCAGGGAUUCUACCAGUCGCCCUCCACCUACACCGCCUCCAAGACCAACCUCACCGUGCUCGGCUACCUGCAGGAGCUCAACAGCGGCGCACAGCUUCGCACUCGCUACCUCGACACAGCCUCUCCGCUUGUCAUCCAGGGCGUCAACACCAACGUCGCCGAGAAUGUGCAAAUCUCGGUGCAGGCAGAUGCCGGAGGCGAAGGUGGCGUGAUCGUCGAGAGCGCCAAUGCUUUCAUGCAGGGGCUCUUCCCUCCUUUCAAUGAGACCCUGGAGCUGGCCAACGGCACCACUGUCGCUUGGGACAACCGCGCCCAACUCAUCCCCGUAGAGACCAUCGAGCCAGACCAGUCGUUCGUCAUGGAGCCUUGGACCGACUGCGACAAGUUCGACGAUUGGACCAGCACCUUCUACAGCAGCGCCGAUUUCAAGAGCAAGAGUGAACUUGCCCAGCACUUCUACGACUCGCUACCUGCUUCGCUCAUCGGCAAUCGUCCCAAGACGCUCGUCAACGCCUGGAACGUCUUCGACUUCCUCAACGUCGAGAGAAUCCACAAUGCCACCUUGGCUCCGAUGAUCACCGACGACAUUGCACAACAAGCCUUGUUUUGGGCCAACUACCACGAGGCCGGGCUCUUCAGCAGCCCCGAUCCCAUGUCGAUCGGAAGCAUCGCCGGCCGAGGCAUCCUCAAUCCACUCACCGAUUCCAUCCGUCGCGUAGCCAAUGCCUCGGACCCACUCAAGGUGUCCGUGCUGGCCGCAUCGUACAAGCCCUUCUUUUCGCUCUUCAGCCUUUUCCAGAUGCUCGACCUGCAGGGCAAGCUGGUCGACUACGCCUCUGCCAUGGUGUUUGAGAUUCACCAGGACAAGACCAUGCAGAUCUACUUCCGCAACGGUCCGAACGGCAGCUUGGAUGCCCACAACGUGCUCGACUCGGCAAGCUUGCCUGUCGAGACAUUCCUGCAGCACUACGACCCGGUCAAGCUCGAUACCUUGGCGGAAUGGUGCAACCUCUGCGGCGAGACCACGGCACGCGGCUGCGCGGCACUCAACGCGCUCAACGGAACCGGAAGCGGCGGAAAGUACUCGGACGUCACUUCGACUACGGGCAAGCACGAGGUCUCUCCUGUCGUGGCAGGCGUUAUCGGUGCGUUGGUCAGCCUUGCGCUCGCCGCUGUUGUGGUGGCGGCUCUGUCCUACCUCAUGGGUCUGACGGUGAUCAAGCGCAGCAAGGGGGCUUACCCUAGGCGCCAACACCUCCUCGCUCCGGCAUCUUCCAGCACCGUGCAUCGUCAAGGCAACAGCGUGGAGCUUCAUUCCAACCUGGACCACAAAGAUUCCCAUGUAGCAUAG